AUGCGCGAAGCAACGGGCCCGUGGGUCCCGCCUUGGCAACCGCGAGCUACCACCUUGCAUUCCGCUGCUCCUCCUCCUAGAGCCGCCGGCGGCGCACGGGGCCGUGUGGAGCCCGGGGCGAUCGCCCAGCUGGAGAAGGGCUCGCCGGGUGCCACUGCGCCCCGGGCCGCAUUCUGCCCCGGCCUCAGCAGCGCUUUGUCAUGGCGCAAGUACAGGCGGCGGGUCCGCGUGUGUGUGUGUGUGUUCCCCGGGCAUGCGUCGUGCGUGCAAUCAGCAAUAGCUCAAGCUUGGACUGGGACAGCUGCAGCGAGCGUGGCGGACAACGUCGGGAUUGCCCCACACAGGCGCCAGGCGUGA